UUUCUUCUUUCACAAGACUUUGACAAUUUGCUUUUACGCAAAAGUGCAAAAUGUUCUCGCUUUUAUUGCCAUAUUAUUUUAUCGUUGUUUGUUCUGUAGCUGAUGAUCUAAUAGAAGAGCGUACUCCAAUAUUCUCGCAAGAAAAUGAACAUUAUUCAACUCCCUCCGCAGUCCAAGAUGUCGGUGAAAACAAAAAUAUCGAAAGCUCUUUACAAAAGAUUGAAAACCUUGCUGCUUCAGCAGAAAAAUCUCGUAGAGAAGGCAUCCUUCCCACGGACCAUGCCGACAAACUGCACAGUCGCAUAGUUGAAACUCUAGAAGACAUUACGGAACAGCUCAAACAUAAGACUAAAGCAUACAAAUUCCUCAAUUCUAAAGGAGUCGAUAGAAUAAUUACACCUAUAAUCGGAACUACUUAUGAACCAUUGAAGAAACAGCUUUUGAUUGUAAUCAAAACUUUGUUUAACGUUGCGCCUAUAACAACGAAAGCGUUGAUUCCUAUAAGUGUCGUUGAUAAAUUGCUAGAUAUUUUCGAACAUGAUGAUAAUCUGGCUUUGAAGGCUCACGCGCUAGACAUAAUGUACAUUUGGCUACCAAAUAACCCAACAGUUCAAGCUCGUGUUAUGAGACGUAAAGGUCUAGAAGCCUUUUAUAAUCAAAUCUCCAAAUUAGAUAACACUGCAAUCUACACUUUAUUAGACUUAUUCCACAAAAUUCUCAAAGAACACAUAGAUGCCCGCAAUAGCAAAUCUCAGAGAAACAAAGAAGAUUAUGAGAGAAUGCAACUUUAUCAAACGAUUGGUCUCAUAGAGCGAAUGGCUACUCCACAAGUGUGCAACGGACUUUUUAACAUAUUAGAAGCUCUCAUGACGUUUAGUAAUGAUGAUAAGCAAGUUUCAAUUUUAAUAUUUGAACUUGUGAAGAAUAUGAAGACAUUUUGCCUAAAAUUGUAUAAAGGCAAAGAUAAAGCAAUUCAGUUAUUUGAAGGAUUAGAAAAUUAUUUCAUGGAUCCCCAAAAUGUAGAUUUGUUGCAUAGUCUUGAGCUCAACAUGACCGAAGUGAUAGUGGUUGUAAAAGACUUUGUCAAGAAUUUAAAGGACAGUGUAAGAGAUGAGUUUUAAUUCAAUUCUUGAGCAGCUAUUUUUGUUUCAUUACUUUUUAGUUUUCCGAUAGAUUAUUUUUGUUGUAGAAGUUUAUCUCUUUACGUUGUUUUGUUUUA